CUCAUCUCUCCCAGCCCCCACAGUCACAGCUCUUUUCAUGUCUGAAUACAUUUUAACUUUGAUUUCAGCUUGUGCUAACUGAACUGUAGAUUUUAGGACCCUGAAAUGCUCCAGGUUUACUGACUUUCAAAAAGAAAAAAAAGGAUCACUUUUGUAUAAAAGCAUUUGAACUGUUGAAAAAGUUCUGUCUGACUCAAGAACGUACCAGCAUCACCACGAGAAAUUAGCAAGGCAAAAAGAUGACUAGUAUGGAAAAAUCAAGAGUGUCUACUGUACGAAGCAGGUUUCGUCUAAGCUCUUCUCUGCCUCUGAGUAGGAUCCAUUCCCCUAGUCAUGCAUCACGAGUGUAUUCCUACAACACACGCUCUCCUGGGUUACCUGGUGUCCGCUCAUUAAUGCUACACACAGACAAGGUGGACUUUUGCCUCUCUGAUUCUGUAAAUGCAGAGUUCAAGGAGACACGGACCAAUGAAAAGGUGGAAAUGAUGGAACUGAAUGACCGCUUUGCCAGCUAUAUUGAAAAGGUCCGCUAUCUGGAGCAACAGAACAAAGUGCUACUGGCUGAGCUGACCCAGUUUAGAGAGAAGGAGCCCACUAAGAUUGGGGACAUCUAUCAGGCAGAGUUACGGGAACUCCGGCGACAGGUAGACCAACUUGGAAACUCAAAGUCUAGACUGGAAAUUGAGAGGGACAACCUAGCUGAUGACUUGGAUAACCUACGGCAAAAGUUACAAGUUGAGAUAAAUCAGCGCCUUGAAGCAGAACAUAAUCUGGUAACGUACAGACAGGAAGUUGAUGAAGCUGCAUUAGCCCAAGUGAGCCUGGAACGGAAAGUUGAAUCCCUCCAGGAGGAGAUUGACUUUUUAAAGAAAAUCCAUGAUGAGGAAAUGCAUGAGCUACAGGAACAGAUUGCCCAGAAACAAAUAUAUGUUGAGAUGGACAUUGCCAAGCCAGACCUGACUUCGGCGCUGAAAGAUAUCCGUACUCAAUAUGAAUCCUUAGCCGUCACAAACCUGCAGGAGACAGAAGAAUGGUACAAAUCAAAGUUUUCUGAUUUGACAGAUGCCGCUACUCGGAAUAGUGAUGCCCUGCGGCAGGCCAAAAAUGAAGCCAAUGAGUAUCGGCGUCAGAUACAAGCACUAACAUGUGAUUUGGAAGCUCUUAAAGGAACAAAUGACUCUUUGCAGCGCCAGAAUCGUGAAAUGGAGGCUGACUUUGCCACUGAAUCUAGAAGCUAUCAAGACACAAUUAGUCAUCUGGAGGAAGAUCUCCAUAACUUGAAGGAUGAAAUGGCUAAGCAUCUGCAGGAGUACCAAGACCUGCUGAAUGUCAAGCUGGCACUGGAUAUUGAGAUUGCCACUUACCGCAAACUACUGGAAGGAGAGGAGAGCAGAAUUAUCAUACCUGGUCAGUCAUUCACCAGUUUUCAGCUUCGAGAACAUAACCAGGAUGUGAAAUCAUCUACAGAGAUGAGCGUUAAAAGAAGCAUUGUGGUAAAGACUGUGGAAACCAGAGAUGGACAGGUGAUAAACGAAUCAACUCAAGAACGGAAGGAGACCCUGUAAUCUUCUCCACAGAAAAGCAGCGAGGCCUACCAGCAUAGUUCUAGAAGCAAGAUGUAAAUUAAUAACCUACAUGCUGCUUUACAUAGACUGAAACUAUGCCAUCCCCCACACAUGCAACAUUUCUCUCCUUAAUGAAGUACAAAAACUCAUAAGGAUACAAUUACCCAGAAAUGGAACAGUAGAAUUUAAUAAGGUACAACCUACUCAGACAUCCACAAAAAGAAGAAGAAACGUGGCUGGAGAUGGUUCUUUAAUAACGGGUGGUCUGAUUCGUCAUACAUGUUAUUAAUUAUGACAUUGUUAUGGGUCUACAUUACUUCCACAUGUGUUCUUAGUUUUUUCUCCAGCUAAUAUUGUAGAUCACCCACUCAAAUAAUUCAAGAAGGUGUUGUACUUUUUGCAGAGAUGUUUUUAACAGGCAUUUCUAUUCUACAAAAUUAGUAAAGAAAGGUACAUAAGACACAACAAUAUUUAAAGUUGCACCCUGCAAGAACCAUAUUCCAACAUCUCCUUAAGUACAAAUGUACAAACAUGGUAACCUUUGCUCAGGUUACACCAGCCAUAGAUUGUGUUACAAAUAAAUGCAUUGUCGAGCGGAAACCUGCCUCCCUGACCAUUUUAUGCCUAGGAUGGGUUAUAUGACCAGCCAGUAUAAUGCAAGGAAACAACUCAUACAAAACCAAUGAGAUUUGACCCAAGACUUCAGAAACAUGUUGUUACAGCCAGCCUUUUAAAUGUGAUAGACAUAAAUAUUUUAUGAGUUGAGCUAACCACAGGAAAUGGGUAAGAUACAGUUAUGGGCAACUUGAAUAGUAUACCAGACCAACUGCACUGACCACUCAGAUGUUGAUGAGGCCAGUUCAAGUUAUGUAUGAUAACUCUGUUUUGACCAUUAUAUUUACUAACUUCCCAAAGAAAACAUGGAAACUCAUUUACAAACUUUAUCUUUAAAGGAGUAUAUUAAUGGUAUUUCUAUAUAUAUUUUUUAUUUUAGUAAUAAAUCAUUUGAAAUGGGGAAUAGGUUUGGCAUAAUGGUUAAGGUCUUCACCUCAGAGACACAAGAUACAAAGUUUGAUUCUAACCUUCGGUUAUUGGCAAGGCUUCAAAUGGUGCUUCAGGCAAUUAGCCUAGUAUUCACCUGAGAAAUUAACAUUACCUAUGAAAUGAAAUGCUGUCUUUCUUAACCCUAAUAUAAUUUUAGAAAUGACUCAGUUACGUAGUUGUUUGUUCUAAGUGUGUUUUUUAUUCCACAUUCCUAACAAGAACUUAUGCCUGGUAUAUGCAUUGAUCACACACACACACACACACACACACACACACACACACACACACACACACACACACACACACCUCUCUUUUCCAUAAAAGAAAAUGCAUAUGGAAUCUUCUCUUUCUUUUAGACUUCAUAGUACAGCUGACCAUCAUGUACACAGAAUAACCAAAAGGAUAUAUUUCCUGUGUAACACAAUUCCAAAUUACGACUAAUGUAACACAUUACCAGUUUAGCAUGUUCAAUUUAGAAUUAUAGCAAUACCCAUAUAAAGGUUAAUAUAUAGUGGUGGAAAUGAGUGAGAUUUUUACUAAAUAGCUUUUGUAGAAGAUGUUAAUUUGAUUAAGUCUGGAAUUUGAUUGUUUUGUUACCAGCACUGAACAAACCAGAUGCAUUUAUUCAUCAAAAUAACCAUACCUGUUGGCCAAGCAAAAAUGAUUUUCUAAUUCAUGUAUGCCAAUAAAGAUUUGCAAAGCUUUUACACAUGA